AUGGAUGAAAAUAUUACUGAAACUCAAAAUUCAAGUGAAGCACAAAAUGGAUUUUCAGAAGAAAGUGUAAAUAAUGAUGCUUGAAAAGAGGAAAAGAGAUGCUCUGUUUGUACUGCUAAAUUCAAUAGAAUAGGAAUUCCUCUUCAAAAAGUUUGCUGCACAUUUUGUUUUCGAGCUGUUUGCUCAAAGUGUUCAGAAAAUCAUAUAAGAGAUACUGUUACUAAUGAAAAGAAAAAAAUCUGUGAUAGAUGCUUUGACAGCAAAAUGGAAAGCGUGGACUCACAUAUCUUGACUCAAGAAUUGCAGACCAAAACCCUGAUUUUGGGGAAUAAUGAAAAGCAGCUUCACGAAGAAGCUAAAAUGCUAAUGCAAGAAAAGCAUCACCAUGAAGAGGCAGAGAAGCGAGCUGCUGAACUGGAAAGGCAAAUUAUUGAGCAAGAAGAAGCUGAAGAUUUAUUAAGAAAACAGCUUGAUGAUCUGAAAAAUAAAAUAAAUGAAGCGAAAUCUGAAAAACAAGUUAAAAAAUCUGAAGUGAAUGGAUUAAAAGAAAGCAUAAAAGAAAAAUCAAAAAUAAAAGAAAGUUUAGAAAGUGAAAUAGAAAACCAAAACAAUGAAAUUUCUGAAGCGCAAAAAAAAAUUGAAGACGCAACCAAAGCAAUUGAGAGCAAAGAAGAAGUCAUAAAUAAGCUAAAAAUCGAAUUAGAAUCCAAAGAAGAAAUAGCUAAAGAGGCUGAAAAAAUCAAGGAAGACAAAGACGAAGAAGUAAAAUUAAUAAAAAAACAAAACCAAGAAAAAGCUGUAGAAAUAUUGAAAGCGAAAGAAAAAGUCGAUUUCCAAGUGUCUAAUAUAAAAGGAUUAAAAGAAAACUUAGCGGUUCAAUUAUUCGAUAAAAACUAAGGGAUUUGCAUAAAAUCAGAAUUUAUUUACUCAUCAAGAUUAAGAGUCAGUUUAUCAUCGAAUAAGCUUGCAUAUUAAAAUCUUCAUUUUAUGUAGAAAAUUAACAGUUAAAUAUUAGGAGCCAACUUAGCAUUGCUAAAUGAUAGCGGAACUAAGCUAGAAGACUCUUUAAAAGAACAAAAUCAUAUUGUAAAUGAACUGACUGCAACGAUACAAGAAUUAAACUCAAGAGGGAAAAAAGCUCAGGAGUUACUUCAAAAAAGAAAAGCAAAGAAAAAAGAGCUCAAGGCAAAAAUAUUAGAGCUGAAAAAUUCUGAGCAAGCCAAAAUAGAAGAAAAUAAAAAAUGUGAGAGUGAAAUACAAAAGCUGACUGAAGAAAUAUGUAAAAAUAGCAAAGAAUUAGAAUCUAAGCAGAAAGAAAUUUCAGAUAUAAAAGAAGCAAUGAAACAAAAUGAAUUAGCUAAAAAGGCAAAGCAAGAGCCUUUAGAAAAUAAUCCUUGCAGCAACUGCUUGCUCCCCCCUCCGGAACGAACAAAAAAUUUUGUCGCUCACGAAGGGGAUUAAUUUUAUAGUAAAAUUUGUUUUAUAAAAAAAAUUUCCAAUCAGUAAAAAUUAAAUUAAUUUAAUUUGUAAAAUUUAUUUUUAAAAUGCAAUUUUUUUAAAAAUUAAACAGAAUUAGCUAGAGAUUUCAUUAUACUAAUAAUCACUUAUAUAAAAAUUUGUAUAUCAAAAAGUUUUUUAUUCGCUGAGAGGCAGUUAGUAUUUUAA